AUGUCUUCUCAACUGACCGAUGACAUAGGUGAUAUAGCAAUGACACCUAAAGUUGAAGCUGAUUCUUCUCAAGCUUACGAAGCGGCAGCUAACACGAAUGUAGAUGAUGGAUCUUCAAGUAAUGCAGCAACCCCAGCAAGCACUGAAGGCCAGUCUCGUCAAUCUAAUCUGCAGAGAAUACAACAAAGAAAACAACAAGUGUAUUCUUGGCCACAUAUUAAGAAACUAUUGAAACUAGCAAUUUAUUCAGCAUGUCAGACUCCAGAAUGUACAUGCAAUGGAUGGAAAACUACUCAACAAGCAGGCAAAACAAAUACUCGCACAGAGAGCCAACCUCUAGCCAAUUUCACUGAUCCAUGUAGAAAUUGUAACCAUACAUUAGAAAAACAUGUAACACAAUUGGAAGGGCUCUCCGCUGCAGAAGUAAACAAACUGUUGGGAGCUGUUGUGGAUGUCGAAAAUAUAUUCAUGUCCAUGCAUAGAGAAGACGAUCAUGACACAAAACGCGUUUAUUAUUAUUUGUUUAAACUCCUAAGGAAAUGCAUAUUAACCCGCACCUCACCGAGUAUAGAAGGACCCCUCGGCAAACCUCCCUUUGAGCGACCAUCAAUAGCAAAAGCAAUAACUAACUUUGUCCUAUACAAAUUUAAUUCACUCCCUCAAAGAGAAUGGCAGACUAUGUACGAUCUAGCUAAAAUGUUUCUACAUUGUUUUAACCAUUGGAACUUUGAAACACCCAGUGUUAGGAAAUUGCAAAUAUCAAACCCGGAGGAUAUUUCUGCAUAUCAAAUUAACUACACAAGAUGGCUAGUUUUCUGCCACGUGCCAGCGUUUUGUGACUCUCUACCGCAUUACGAAACUUCAGUAGUAUUUGGUAGAACUUUAUUACGAGCUGUUUUCAAAUCAGUUUGUCGACAGCUAAUGGAUAAGUGUCAUUCUGAAAGAGAUAGAAUGCCACCAGAAAAGAGAAUUCUAGUUCUAAACCACUUCCCACGAUUCCUGGGUCUGCUAGAAGAGGAAAUAUUUAGUUCGAAUUCCCCGAUAUGGGACCCUGAGUUCAAGCAAAUACCGCCCGUGCACCUGCAAUCCAUUAUAGACAAUAAAACACCGGGUAGACGUGGCGAGUUCGAGCGAGUCACUGCGACUGGGGAAAGUAAAGAUGGCUUCACAACAGUGUCCUUGUCCUCCGGAUCAGUGAAGCAAGAGGCGCUGAAGCGCAGUGCGGAGCGCGGCGGCGACGCGGGCGCCAAGCGGCGGCGCGACGACGACGACGUCAGCGAGCGCACCGUCGCCGACAUCGUCGCCACCAUCUCCGACCCCAACUACAUGUGCGGGCCCGACGCGUUAUUCCAAAUGCAAGCGCCUCGCGACGAAGCUGCCAAGCUGGAGGAACAACGCAAGCUGAUAGAGUUCCAUGUGAUCGGGAACUCUCUCACGGGCGCAGUCAAUAAGCAGACCAUGCUGUGGUUGAUAGGUCUCCACAAUGUAUUUUCCCACCAAUUGCCCGAAAUGACCAAAGAAUAUAUUUCUCAACUAGUAUUCGAUCCAAAACACAAAACACUAGCUUUGAUUAAGGAAGGAAGGCCAAUUGGAGGAAUAUGUUUUAGAACGUUUAAAUCACAGGGUUUUAGCGAAAUAGUAUUUUGUGCUGUAACAUCGAACGAGCAAGUGAAGGGUUACGGAACACAUCUCAUGAACCAUCUCAAAGACUACCACAUUAGAAAUAAUAUUCUGCAUUUCUUAACAUUCGCUGAUGAAUUUGCUAUCGGGUACUUCAAGAAGCAGGGCUUCAGCAAGGACAUCAAGCUGCCGCGCGCGAUGUACGCCGGCUACAUCAAGGACUACGAGGGCGCCACGCUCAUGCACUGCGAGCUCAACCCGCGCAUCGUCUACACGCGCUUCACCGCCGUCAUACGCACGCAGAAGGAGAUAGUGAAAAAAUUGAUCGACAUGCGACAAAAAGAAGUUAGAAAAAUACAUCCCGGUUUAUCCUGCUUCAAGGAAGGCGUGCGCAGCAUCCCGAUAGAGUGCAUCCCGGGCGUGCGCGAGGCGGGCUGGCGCGAGGCGCGCGCGCGCGCCGCGCCCGACCCCGACCCCGACCCCGCCGCGCUGCGCUCCAUACUCAACGCGGUUAAAAAUCACGCCGCAGCGUGGCCUUUCUUAAAGCCCGUGGACAAGAGCGAGGUGCCAGACUACUACGACCACAUCAAGUAUCCGAUGGACCUGCGUACAAUGGGCGAGCGUCUAAAGGCGCGAUACUACUCUUCUAAACGUCUGUUCGCGGCCGACAUGGCGCGUAUCUUCUCCAACUGCCGCCUGUACAACUCCCCCGAUACUGAUUAUUAUAGAUGCGCCAACACAUUGGAAAAGUACUUUCAAGCUAAGAUGAAAGAAAACGGUCUCUGGGAUAAA